AUGGCAACUUGUUCUCCGUGUCGUAGUAAGCAUGUAAACCUUAUAGAGCAAUGUUAUCCUGGUAAAGAAGGCGGAACUACACCACGCUCUUCCGAACUAAGUUACCUUACUUUUUAUGCAAAUUCAAGGCCUGCCAAACUAUCCAAAGUGGGCUCUUAUAUUCAAAAGAAAGUGAAUAAAGACAUACGCAAAGGCAGAAAAGAAAAUAACCAAGUAUCCUUGCGUAUUUUGAAAGCAUUAAUUCAAUCCUGCUAUGGAGAUUUGAAUAUAUUUUCUAAAUGCUUAGUCAAUGUCUUUUGCAAGCUAUUAGACACAAGAGACAUAGAUCUCAUUGAUCUCACUUGUGAAACUUUUAUUGUAUUCUGCAAUUAUAACGACGGUUCAACGCUGGGAAUUGAUGUCAAUUUCACACAAGAUUAUGAAGCUCUAUUGAAAAAAUUCUCUUCAUUUUGCAAUUAUUCGAAUGAUGACACAUCCUUUGAACUAAAGAUGAAAUAUAUCGGACAGAGAGGUAUACAGGCUGCAGUUACCUCACAAGCUUUAGUAUCAAGCAACUAUAAACAGCAAUUGAGUAUCCUUUUAUCUCCCUUGAUGGAUGUCUUGACCAGCACAGUCAAGCUAUCAACAGAUUCAACUGAUGGCACAAUCGAUAUUCGAGAAUCAGCUUUAAACAAUAACAAACUAGGUGACAGUUACAUCCAACUGAUCGCCACACACACUUUAGCCAUACUCUUCAACAAAUUAACCGGUCACUACGUCAGAGUUACACUAGGCCUAUUGUUUGAUUACAUGAAUCGGCACAAAAAAUGGUGGCCCUCAGAUUUAUCAGUCAGUAUCAUGACGAUAGUGGUUGAUUCAACACAGUCACAGUAUAGACAACUUUUCUUAUCAGAGAUCCUUCAACAGCUGGAUCCAGAAGAAAUCAUGAGUGAUAAGCAGACAGCACUUGUGUGUAUAAUAGAUGCCGUUUUAAACGCCAGCACACCACUUUUAGGCGUUUCUGUGCUCGAAGUACUCAAUUCAUUAUUUACUUUGCUUGUCAAGGCAGCUCGUUACAGCUCAGAGGAAGAUAAGCAACGAAGUACAAUUGUUCAGAAAGGCUUGGUCCAUUCGAUCGAGGGAUUAGCAUCUCACACUUAUUAUGACAAUCAAUUGAGUGAUAUGGCUGGUUAUUUGAUCUCUAAGCUUAAACCGCACACCACACUAGCUAGUGUUGAUCAUUUGCCCAUCCUUGAAUAUCGACGCCUUGUCCUAUCCUGUCUAGACACUAUACCCUCUUUACCACUCGAUUCGUUCAACAACGGGAUGGGCCUUUUGGAAGAUAAAGAUCCAAAAACUCGACUUUUAUUUUGCAAGAGCCUCUAUCAGAAACUACAAACGAACUCUAGCCAAAAGAGUACAGUCUUUUUGGACCGACUAUUGCAAGCAAUGUACAACUGGAUACGGUUAUCUAACCUCAACUUGACAGACAUUCGUUUCUUUUUUGCAUUUUCAUGCAUCCUUCAUCCAAUGUUCGGUAUGCAGGCUACUAUCAUGCUCGUUUCGCUGUUGUUCAAGGUUCAGGGAUGGGUCCAGGAGCAGGACUUGCAAAAGCAGUGGGUCAUUCAGUCUUUGAUCUUGGCUUGGUUAGGCAAGACAGCCGAAUUCUAUCAGCUCGAACCGCUGGUAGAGUAUCUUGGUCAAUUUGAGCAACUGACCUUAGGCUUGACCGAACAGCCAUCGAUGGAGAUCGAACUGACUGAACCUUUACCGUCCGUCGAAGAGACAAAACCGCCUGUAUGGAUUGACCGAAGUCGAGUAGCAGAGAUCAUAUCAAGUGACGCUCGAUUACGUGAGGAACAAGACACGCAUGGCCUCGAACUCGAAGCCAAACUGUUUGCAGAGUGGGGCUCAGAGACUCUAAUGAAACAUAGUACACGACUCAUCCAAGGACCCAAUGAUUCUAAACCUAAGCUCUCAAGUCCGUGGGAACAGGCACCAGUAAGUAAAAUUUCAAAUGAGAGACGCGGUAGUAUCAAAGUGUCUACCUUAAAGGAAGUGCUUGUCGCACAAACCAAUGAAGACUCUGAUUCAACCACCCAGGCGUCAUCGAGUCCGUCUGAACAUAAGCCCUCAUUGAAUGCCUUAUUAACCGAACUCAAACUACCUCCAAACAAUACAGCUACACUCUCUUUAGUCAAUCCGCCCUAUAAGACUUGA